AUGAGGAUUUCACUAUUCGCCGCUAGCGCAAUGCUGUGCAUCGUGGGCGGUUUGUUUGCACAAGUAAACGCCAAGGCCAUCCUGGGUGUUGAUUUGGGGUCUCUGUAUAUGAAAGUUGCUUUGGUGCAAAGAGGAGCCCCCCUAGAAAUUGUCACAAAUCUUCACUCCAAAAGAAAGACGGAGCAAAUGGUUCUCUUUGACCAAGGUACUCGAUUUUAUGGAGCUGAUGCCAAUGGUUUGUUGGCCAGAAAACCUACCAAGACUCCUGUCGCCAUGACGGUAGUUCUAGGACGUGAUGACGAGCACCCUACUGUCAAAGUCCUUACGGAGCGUCAUUACCCUUUGACUCCCAAAUACAAUGCCACCAGAUUUGGGUCAUACUUUGUUGUCGAUGGAAAGGACGAGUACACGCCUGAGGAAUUGACUGCCAUGCUUUUGAACCAUGCAGAAGAAAUCACUGUAGCAUAUGGAAAGGAGAAGGGACACAUCCUUGGCGAAAUUCGCGACUGUGUCUUGACAGUCCCAUCAUUUGCCACCCAAGCGGAGCGAAGAGCAUUGAUGGAUGCUGCAAAGUUGGGUAACUUCAAUGUUUUGAGUCUCAUUGAUGAAAACACCGCUUCGGCUUUGAACUUUGGUAUGGAUAAGGUGUACGAAGAACCACAAAUUAUCCUUUUCUACAACUUGGGAGCCAGUUCUUUGCAAGUCAGUGUCAUCAAGUUCCACUCUUAUGAGAUGAAGGAAGGAAAGCUCUCCAAAAAGACAAAGACUGUUGGAUCGAUUGAAGUAUUGGGUAAGGCCUGGGAUUCCACUCUUGGUGGUUUGGCGUUUGACAACCGAUUGGUCGAAUACCUGGCGGAUCACUUCAAUGCCGAAUGGAACAAGGCCCGUGGACAUGACAAGGAUGUCCGCACCAUCCCACGCGCCAUGACCAAGCUUCGCAUCCAAGCAAACAAGGUCAAGCACGUGCUUUCGGCCAAUGCGGAGAUUCCUGUCCACAUGGAUUCCUUGCACGAUGACAUGUCUCUGAGUUUGCACAUUACACGGGCCAAGUUUGAAGAACUUUGUGAAGAUUUGAUGGAUCGUGCCGUGGCCCCAGUUCACGCGGCCAUCAAGAGUGCCGGUUUGGAAUUGAAGGACAUCACUGCCAUUGAAAUGAUCGGAGGAGGAAUGCGUGUGCCAAAGGUCCGAGCUGGACUUUCUGCCGCCUUGGAUGACAAGGAACUUGGCAUGCACAUCAACUCUGAUGAGAGUAUGGCUCUUGGAGCUUCUUUCUUUGGAGCCAACAUCUCCACUGCCUUCCGUGUGCGUCAUGUCGGUUUGACUGAUAUCAACCCAUUCCCCAUUGCCGUUUCUUUGGCAGAACUUGAGGCUAAGGAGCCCAAGGAGGGCGAAGAAGUAUGGAGCAAGGAAGCUACCAUCUUUGCCACCAAUGGAAAGACUGGAGUCAAGAAGUCCAUUGCUUUCACUCACGAUCAAGAUCUUCACUGCGCUCUUGACUAUGCUGACGCCGAUACUUUGCCGGAAGGUUCCAGCUCCGAAUUGCAACGCUACAAGGUAACUGGAGUUGCCGCAUUCGCCAAGGAAAUGGAAGAGAAGGGACUCGGAAAGCCAAAGGUCACUUUGCAAUUCGAACUCACCCACAGUGGAAUCACUGAGUUGGUCAAGGCAGAAGCCGCUGUCGUUGAAACCUACACUGUCGAAGAGGAAGUAGAGGUUGAAGACGAAGAAGAAGGUGACGACAAGAAGGAAGAAGCCGAAGCCGAAGCGAAGGAGGAAGAAACGACAGACGAAGAUAAGAGCAAUGAAACCAAGACCGAGGAAGAAGAGCCCAAGAAGAAGAAAACGAAGCUUGUGGAGAAGAUCUUUGGUAUACGAUCGAAAAAACCUGCGUUUUGGACACCAAAGGAAAAGAAGCGCACAAUCAAGAAGACUUUGGACGUGGAAUCCUACUAUGUUGGUAAGAUCCGCCCCCUGACCGAAGAGCUGAUGGCCGAAUCCAAGGCCAAGUUGGACUACUUGAAUCAAAAGGAUAAGGAGCGUAUCGAAUUGGAAGAAGCCAAGAAUCGCGUCGAAUCUUACAUCUACAAAAUCAAGAACAAGUUGAUUGAUGACGAGGAAAACAUUGCCAAGGUCUCCACUGAAGAACAACGUGAAGAGUUGCGUAAAUUGUCUGCCGAUGGAGAAGACUGGCUGUACGAUGAUGGUUACAAUGCUGACUUGAAGACCAUGGAAGCCAAGUUUGCCGAACUCUCCGAACCUGCUGAGAAGGUCUGGUUCCGAGUCGCGGAAAUGAGUGACCGCCCCGCUGCCGUCAAGGAGAUGACCAAGAAGUUGGAGAAGGUUGAAGAGUUGAUGAUGAAGUGGAAGGACUCCAUGCCCCAAAUAACGGAUGAAGAAAAGGCCGAUGUCACCGACAAGGUGACUGCUGUUCGUACUUGGUUGAGCGAAAAGGAAGCCGAACAAGAAAAGCUUGCGUCUCAUGAAGAUCCUGCUUUUACCAGUGCUGAAGUUCCUGUUCAGACCAAGUCUUUGGAGCGAUUAAUUUCCAAGCUAAUGAAGAAGCCCAAGCCAAAACCAGUCAAGGAGGAAAAGAAUGAGACUGCCACAGAAGGCAGCAACGAAACCAAGGCUGAGAAUGCCGAGGAAAAGGAUGGCGAGGACAAGGAUGCCGAAGCUUCCUCUACCCAAGAGGAAGUGAAGGAAGAAGAAGAAAAGAAGGACGAAGAAGAAAAGAAGGAAGAAGAAACCACCAAGGAGGAUGGUUAUGCUGCUGAGACCGGAGAUGAGCUGUAA